AUUGCCUUGACGGAUCCACAGCUGAAAUCUACAUGGCAAGGAGCAGCUAAAUUUUCUUUUCCUCGAGUUUCUCUCCGACCCUAAAUGUGAUUUGCGCGGGUGCAUCGAAAUUAGUAGCUGCAUCCGACCCGGAAAAGGAUCGCGGUGCGACCUGUGCGUGUUACAUAUCCAAAAUUGGCGAAAUUACGCGUCAAAGUGUCGUGUCUGAUUUAUUGCUCCCCUCUCGGGGCGGGGACGGUACGACUCGGUGCCGUGUGAAUGUGUAGGUAGGCAGGUGCCUGUACCGAUUGACAGUUUGCUGGACAGUGUGCGUGCCGAGUCGCUGUCAACUGCUCCGUUUGACUUUUCUUGACUCUGCGUUUUGGGUACGGAGAAUGUGAAGUGUUUUAGCUGUCACUCGUGAGAUUUUCGACAGUGAUAGCUUGGAUCGGUGAUAAGUUUCGCUGGGUGAAUGCGUGCAAGUGAUGAGCGGUGGGAGAAAGUGAAAAUGCAAACGAUGGAUCAAUUCUCACACGAUCUGACGCUGGCGUUGGAGGAAACAUCGCGUACGGGCGGUGUCCGGGCUGGACGUUGGGGUGCACGGCGAAGGACACGUUCGACAGGGAAUUUGCCCUGUGCCCCGCAACCGACAGAGGAUUCGUCCAGCAGCCCCACGGAUGCAGGCAACGAUAUUCAGAACAACCAGAACCCGGACGGCUUGAACAACUCGAUCCUAAGCGACUCCGAUGACCGUCAUGAUCUGCCGCAAUCCCUGAAGAACCAACAGUUGCUGGGCAACUUCGAAUCGGACUCGUUGAAUGAGAACUUCAGUCCGGCCAGAAUCUUUCGACCCAACACGCGUCGCAAACGAAAAUUCAAACGUAUGGCCGUCGAAUAUGAGACAACACCAUCCACACCAGGUGCGCCAGGUGAAAAUGCAACAAACCCCAUCUUCCCUGUUGGUGGUACAAUAAAAAAACGCGUUCUCAAACACACUGCCCAGGAGAAUUUUUGUGGUAAACGAAAACGUUCACACCGCGAUCGCUACUAUGAUCACGAUCAUGCAAAAUUGCAUUCUUCAAGUGUUCCCCGUCAUCGUGACAUUUACGCACCAAAAAGUUCAUACCAGGAACACAAGAUUCGAACGCGAAGUUUCUCAACAGCAACUAAGCCCUCAUUUGAUCGUAUUCUGCCGUUGAACAAGAACAUAAUCUCGAAAAUUGAAAGAAUAUCUCAGCAGCAGAAGCCAAAAAUGGAACAGACGCCAUUCACGUUUACGCCAGUGCAUUUAGGAGGGAGUGUCGUUGCCACGACAGCAACAACAAGUCACUCCUUGGCAACUGCAACGGAAUCUAUCCCAAUAUCGAAUCCCGAACAGAUAGUGCAACUCGCAAUCCGAAAUGCUGCCCUGAAUAAUUCUCUGAUCGGGCAAACGGUAGCAAGUGACUUGCGGCCAGUGGAAACUACCCAGCAACCCCAAAAAUCUGGCAGCUUUGGCUCAUCGUUUACUGCGACAGCCACCAUCCCAGAAGGACUCGUGCUUAACAAGAAGCAGCCACCUGGCACCAUUGAGUUGGUUUCCUUACCAUCGAGGCGGAAACAUAAGCGAAAUCGUAUCCGGCGUGAACAGCUUCGAGCACAACUUCGCUGCAAUGCCCCGAAUCCUAUGGAUUGCAGUGACCUAAACGACUUCCUAAGUUCGAGUUCACUGAGCUCCUCCGAAUCAGAGGGAGCGGAAACAAAUGAGUCGGAUCGCGAAGGGGACGACGAACUCACCGACUGGCCCGGCAAUGAGGUGAUGGUGAAUCUGGCGUCCAAAAAUGACUUCAAGAGAAAAUCCUCAAAGAAACCAGGUCUGCCGCAAAUCAAAUCAGACGACUACGCUGCUGGGAUCGAUGAUGAUGACACACUGAUGAGCGCUGACGAACCUAUCGGUUCUCAGUAUAAUCUACCGAACAGCACGAAACCAAUGCAAUCCCAGCCAAUCGCUAUCGCCGGCUCGAUAUCUGGCGUACCACAGCAUCUCCCAAUAAGACAGAUUGAAAGCGAAAUGUCCGGUGAGACAUCGAAUCACUUUCUGUCGUCUCCGCCAUCACAUCUUACCGAGAACCGCGAAAUUCGUGCGGGUUGCCGGCGCAUCCGAGAGGGCAGACCUGGUUUCACGAUUAUGACAAGUGUAAAUGAAAGACUGGCACGGUUUUUGCAAGACGGCCGCCAAUCACAGUUACGAUUGCCUGAGAUUGAAGUGCAUGAGCACGAGAAGCUCCUGAAUCUGGCGAAAUUAUACUCACUCCAAAUGUCGGUAGAUAAUGGAUGUGCGGUGCUUACUAAGACUAGCAACACAACACAGUCCGUGAAAAUCGAUCAAAGUCAUCUGGGGCACCGGUUCUUCAUGAGUGACUAUAAAAGACGUUGCUUUGAUUUCCCAUUCACUGAUGCAAAUGAUAAUUCCAAUGAUGAGUUCGGAGACGAUAAUCCUUUGAGUGGAGAUAACUUGGACGAUGAACAGACGACGAGUGCAGCUGGACAAACUUUGACGCAGUCUUUCGGGAUGAUCAGUUAGCUCAGCAGCGAGGAUGAGUGUCGUUUCGAUUGGUUCGAAUGAAGUAUGGAUGCAAUUUUUAAACAGUAAAAAAUGAUGAAGAGGUU